AUGCAAAGAGCCUUAUAUUGGACAAUAAAUUAUAAUCAAAGGAGUUCUUAUAAUACAAGGAUAUUAGCAGCCGUGGUUAGUUUUAAUUCUAGCGAGUAUUUAAGAGCUGUAAAAAAACAUAUCACUCAAACAAGUCCUGGAAAAACGGCUAAAUCAUUUUUGAGUAAAGUAAUAAAAAAACGUUCUGCUUGCCAAAAACGAAGACGACUUUCGACCAAACUUAAAUAUAAAGUAAAACGACGACCAAAAGCUAGUUCCAAACCAGACGAACAUUAUGGUAACGCAGACAUAUUAGACGGUAUAAGAGAAGUCGAUGAUCCAUCAUUUGUAAAAGAUAUGGAACAGUUUCUGAAGACUUUAUAUGACGUCAACCGCACCACAGUAGAAGAAACUACAAGACAUCAAGCCGAAAGUGAAAACUGGAGGGCAGAAAGUAUGAUUCGACUCACCGCUAGUAACUUUGGUCGUGUAUGCAAAAUGCGUCGUAAUACUAGUUGCAAAAAUAUAGUGCAUUCAAUCUUAUAUCUAACAUUCAAUAACAAGUCUGUCCAGUAUGGUAGGGAUAUGGAAGACGAGGCAAAAACAAAAUUUGAAGAAAAGUUCGGUUACAAAAUAAAAAAAUGUGGUCUUUUGAUUGAUACGCAAAUUCCAUAUUUAGCUGCUAGUCCGGGUUUAACAAGAUUUGAUUUUCUUACUAUUUUCUCUAGUAUAUAAUAAAAUAAUUCAUUAAUUAAUAUUACGAUAUUUUUUUUUCAAAAUUAUUUUAGAUGGAAUUAUUGGUGAUACUGCUAUCGUUGAAAUUAAAUGUCCUUAUGCUGCAAAAGUCACGGAAAAUGAGAUGGAGGCUGUAUCCACUGGCAAACUGAAGUAUUGUUCCAUCAAAGAAAACAAAUUGGUAUUAAGUAAAAAUCAUAUUUACUACUACCAAAUUCAAGGACAAUUGCAUAUUUCUCAAAAGGAACAAUGCUUUUUUAUUAUAUACACGACUAAUUGGAUGUCAGUCCAGAUAAUAAAAUAUG